GUUACUCAAGCAGUCGCAGUCGUUCGCCAGAACGUUCAAAACCCGCUCGUCGCCGAACUGAAAAAUCGCUUUUGAAAAGUCCUACGCCCAGAAUCUCUGGAUCCCGUAAUCGUUUCCAAACUGAAACAGAAAAACACGCGUAUAGAAAGUCGACCAAACACAUGUGCUGUAAUUUUAUGCCGGAACCGGAAAAAGCUUCGCGAAAUAACCGAAAAAUUCCAGUGACCAAAACGUGAACGUUAACGUUUUUCGAAAAAAUCUAUAAAAAAAUAUAUAAACUCAACCCGCGCCGCACACAUGACAACUAAAUUGACCAUGGUGAAAACGGGUGGUAAAUACGCCAACGAGAAAUUCAUCGGGGUGAGGCAUGUGCAAUGUCUCCUGUGCUUCUUCUGCCUGGCGAUGAGCUACGCCUGGCGGGUGAACAUCAGUGUGGCCCUGGUGGCCAUGACUGACAAUAGCACCAACCUGGCCAAGAACGUCACCGAUCCUAGUAACACCGAAUUCGAUCUUUUUAAUUCCGAGCGCUACUACAACUUUACACAGACGCAGAAGGCAAGCAUGCAAGGAAGCUUUUUCUGGGGCUACAUAGUGACCCAGGUGCCAGGUGGCUACUUCGCACAGCGCUACGGGGCAAAGACCAUGCUACUGUACGGGUUGGGCAUUGCCGCUAUGAUCACGAUUCUGUCACCAGCGUCCCUGCAAUUCGGAUGGAUCGCCUUUGAUGCCAUGCGAUUCGUCAUGGGUCUGAGCCAGGGUGCAGUCCAUCCGGCAACGCAUGCGCUGUUGUCUAAGUGGUCACCCGCCGAAGAACGAGGAAUGUUAGGAACGCUUUGCUAUUCUGGUGCUCAGUUCGGAACAGUGGUGAUGUUGGCUACGAGUGGUUAUAUUGCGGACUCCUUCUUGGGCUGGCCAAGUAUCUUUUAUUUGGGUGGAGCUGCUGGAGUCGUGUGGAUGGUGAUGUGGUACCUCUUCUCGGCGAGCACGCCCGAAGAGCACCGCCUUAUUUCUCCCGGAGAACUCAAGUACAUCAUGGAUUCACGUAGCGAUGGCAAGAUUCAAUCCGCUGAAAAACUAGCACCCACGCCCUGGAGGGCCAUCUUCAGUUCGCCACCGUUUUUAUCCCUCCUGGUGGUACACUGCACCCAUUUGUUCGGUUAUUGGCUACUGCUCACCCAGAUACCCACCUACAUGAAGAAGAUCUAUAACGUGGAUAUUAAGCAGAGUGCGCUGCUCUCUUCGCUUCCCUACAUGGCAAUGCUCCUGAUGAGCUUUUUCUUUGUCUGGCUGUCGAAGGUGUUGCAGAAGAAGGAAGGUCUCUCGUUGUCCCUCAACAGGAAAAUCUUCAACUCCAUUGGCCACUGGGUACCCAUGAUCUCUCUGAUCGCCCUGGGCUAUGUGCCCGCAGACAAUGCUCCCUUGGCGGUUACGUUGCUCACAUUGGCCGUUGGAAUUACUGGAGCCACCUUCUUGGGCUUCCAGGUGAACCACAUCGAUUUGUCUCCGAAUUACGCUGGCACCCUGAUGGGUCUUACGAAUGGAGCGGCAAAUGUGAUGAGUGGAAUUGCACCAAUGAUCGUUGGAUUCAUUGUCAUUGAUGAUUCAAACGUUGAUGAGUGGCGAUGGGUUUUCCUAUUGGUCGCCGCCUUCUACUUCUUUGGCAAUCUUAUGUUCGUUAUCUUCGGACGCACUGAGGUCCAGUGGUGGGACUCACCACGGGACAGUAAGCAGGAUGUGGAGCAGGGCACUCCCCUCGCACCAAAUGGCCAGGUCAAAUAAAAACCUUGCAUGGGUUGGCAUACCCACACCGCAUCCAGAAUCAUCCGGGCUGUUGUUUCUUAGUUUCGUAGUUAGUUAGUUAGUUAGUUAGAGAUCAGACGAGCUGAAAGUUAACUUUAGUGACAAUCGCGUGCUUCCAUUAGCGAUAUUAUACGGUAAUUGCUUAGUCCUAAGGCAGCGUAAAUUAUUAUUGUUUGCAGUAUUUUCCAUUAUGUACAUAAACAAAAGAAAAACGAAUGAAAACAAACAACAAAACAAUUAAAUUUGCAACUUUAGAAAACGUUCAGUGUAAAUAGGGACAAAGCCCGCGACGAGUGUACUCGCUGCUGCAAUAUCAAGUCUAGUAAUUGUUAUGUUUUAGUCUUAAGUUAGGAAUUAACAAAAACCAAACUUGUGAUGAAAAGAGUAAACUUAAAAAAGUGGUUUGCAAAAAAAGAAUGAUAAAGACAAUACUAGCCAUGAAUAAAACAGCUCAACUUGCAGCUGCAAAAGAAUUAAACUAUAA